CCACCGUUGAAUCCCAGUUAGGAAAUGGUCAGAUAUUAAAUGUAUAGAAAAUAAUAAUAAGAAUAAUAUAUGAAAUCCCCAAAAUGUCGGAUCUUCGGAGGUAUUUGAAGUUAAUUUAAUUAUGAUUAAGAAGUUGGAAAUAGGGUUUAAUUAAGGGUGAGGGAGUGAUUGGAUACAGGGACAAGACAGAGAGGGUUGGAAUUAGUUGUCCGUUGUCCCAAACAAAAUAACAAAAAUGUUCGGAUUCCUAAAGUCAAAUUAAUUCGGAAUCAAUAUUGGGGACUCAAUUGGACUCAUAGCCCAUCAUCGCUUCGCUUUUUCCAGUCAAAAUUAAUUAUGCUAUUUAUUUCACUUUAUUCCUUCUUAUUCCUUAUGUCUACUUUUCUUAUAAUCCAGCUUCAAUUGUAAGUUUGAUUUAUGUAAUUUUCAGAAUGUUCUUUCACAAGUUUCUAAUCAAUUUCUGUUUUUUUUAAUAUCAUUUUAAUAAGUGUAUCUCGUUACUUUGAUUAGUAUCAUUUAAGUUGAAGUAUGCCCAAAUCUACCAGUAACAAAUACUAUUUUAUUUAGCUUUCCCUCUAAGAGCUUCGCUGGGUUCCUUCUUAAGCUUUUUUUUGAGUUUUUCUUUGAAGGGUUUUUCCUCAAGGUCUUAAAACGUGCACACUAUAGAAAAAUUUCGGCCCAGGUUUAUAGGUUGGGUCAAGUGGAGUUGAGGUAGUCAAUGGAGUUUGGAAGAACAUUAAUGAAAAGUUGAGUCAAUAAUGAGGCACACAAAACAAAGGAAUCUAAUAACUAGACGUGGCCAGCAAAACGUGACUAUAAUGAAACUUUAAAAAAUUAUUUUUGAAAAAAAAAACAUAAAAAAACAGAACAAUUUGUUAAUGAAAUGCAUCACUAACGACUGGUUGAAUGCAUUGAAAGGGGCGGCUUAGAUCCAUUCCCCCUUUUCAAUGUCCUUUCCCUUUCCUAAAACACCUUUAAAAAUAAAAAAACAAAAUAAAACAAAAUAAACGUUUCGUCUUCGGCCUCGGCCCAAUGUAGUAAUCUAAUGGGCCUUAAAGAUCAAUCCGAUACGCAAAAGUUUAGGCCCAUGAAAUUAUAGCCCAGCCCAAAGAAAGAAUUAGACAGACACACGUGGCAGGCGAGUGGAAUGCAAUGCGGUGGCGAUUCAUAAAACGGCCAUGAAAAUCAUGUGGACACGUGGUUUCAUAUUAAACCCCGAUGUCUAAAAAAAGAAAAAAGGGGGAAACGAUUUAGGGCAAUAGGAAUUUGGAUCAGUGCAGAAAAAUGGAGACUAACCAGAAGGUGGAGAUGGAGAGGGAGCAGCAGAGGCGAGAAGAAACGAAGAAGCUAGAGCAAGAACCACCGCACUAUAUAUCCCCGAUGCAGCCAUUGACGGAAAGUGCUUACGGCGGAGGAAUGUACGGUGCCGAGGAAGGCCAACAGCAAAGCCUACAGAAGAAGCCCGCGAGCGACACGCAGAGCGCCGACGGGCCUGUAGAAUCGGGAAUGAAGCCGAAGCACGCGCCCCCGCCGUCAUCUGGCGAUAGAGACAUCGACAUCACCGGGCAAUCGUAUUUCCAGUAGCCUGCAAGGUUCGUGGCUGCCGAUUGCCUUUUGUAUGUGUGUUUAAUAAUGGCGAAAGGUAGUUCGAAUGUUGUAAUCUGUUUUCUUUUUUCCUCUCAAUAAUGCGUUUCCGAGUACUUUGAAGGGCAAAUAUGGUAUUUUACCAACCGGUGAUAGUUAGAUUUUAA